AUGACGUUCAAUUUUACUUCUUACAUUCGAGAUCAUGCAGGUCCUUCUUUUGAUAUUGUUGGCUGCUUUCGAGCAUCGAAAUUGACAGACCAGGAAGCAGCAGAAAAAGAAUUCAAGAAAGCCGUUAAGACUGUUUCAUAUUGGAAAACAAGCGCAGCUCAAUCGUGGGCAUUAGAACAAGUUCGUAACAAGUUCCUUAUCUUGAGUAAUGUUGAUUUGCAGUCAUAUUGGGUUGGAACGACUAAAAGCGUUGCGAUCUUGAAAGGAAAAAGAACAUAUUAUGAAUUCUGUGGAGAAGCAUCUGGGUCAUUGUCAAACGUUCGCGAGGAAUCACCCCUCAUGUAUCUACGACCCGAGGAUAAAGCCUCUAAUUCUGCUUUGUCUUCUCAGAAUACUGAACAACUUGAAGAGGAAAAAGGCGAUGCUCUAAUCUCUGACAGCGAAACCAACGAUGGCUCUUUCAACCCUGAUAGCCAAAGUGAAUGUUCAUCAGAAACUUCAAAAAUCCGUCGAAAACAAAAAUUUGCCUAUGAUUACUUGGUUGGUGGUGGUUUGGAACAAUAUGAUCGCCCAUCUAAUUGCAAAAAGUGGAUCAGUUCGGAUAUGGAUUUGGUAGAUGAAUUCUUAAAGUAUCGGUCAGAUGUCGUGAAAGAGGCAAAGGAGCUCGAAUUGUUAUCAAUAGUUGAUAGAUUGUAA